CCGUUUGCUGUGCGACAAACCAGUCAGUGUUUCAAAGUGUUUAAUGGUCAGCCCUUUUCUUGCCGCUGUGUGCACAUUGCAGUGCUCCCUGCAACAAUAGCCAGCUGUGGGCUGUAUAAAUCCAGCCGCUGGGUGUCUUCACUCCUGUGCCUUCACUCAACACAGGAGAGGGGUUUUAGUGUGGGUUGGUCUGUCCGUGUUUUCCGGAAGAGAGGGCGUGCAAAACAUGGGACACAUCUCAGGUCAGCAGCUGAUCCUGCCUCACAUCUAGCAGAUCAGCCUGAAUGGAACCUUUCUGUUAGUGUCUACUGACAAUCGGCUGUAAAUAGAGUGAAUCAAACAGGCACCGUGCGUCCAAACGGGACAUCCCUUUGGAUCCCUUUGACUGGAAGAACGCGCACACACGCCCGAGCACUCAUUUAGCUCUGGUGUUGUCCUGAACACUGCGACCGCAGGCUGGCCCAGGUCACGUUGAUGCCUGUGGGUGCUGGCCAUUACUCUCACCUUCUGCACCGCUCCCACCUCCCCUCCUGCCAUGGCUAUGAGCAGUGACCCUGGCUGUGAGAGGCUGAACCCCGACUCUGACGAACAGACCAGCAGUCUCACAGACACCAUGGCUGCCAUGACGACAAAAGACCCCGGCGGUUCAGCUACCAACGGCAUGAGGAACGGCGGGGCUCAGCAGGACGGGGCCCAGGCAAGGAGGACUCAUCCGAUGCGGCCUCACCUGUCCGGGAGGAAGUUGUCGCUGCAGGAGAGAGGCACUUACCUGUCCUCAGGCCCUGGACGAGGCUACACACACAUCUCCCCUCGGGUGGCUCGCAGGCCAACAGUGGAAUCUAAACGUGUGUCUAUAUCAGACUCUCAGGACUGUAUCCAGUUGAACCAGUAUAAGCUAAAGAGUGAGAUUGGAAAGGGCUCCUACGGUGUGGUCAAACUUGCCUACAACGAGGAUGAUGACAAACACUAUGCCAUGAAAGUGGUGUCCAAGAAGAAAUUAAUGAAGCAGUGUGGUUUUCCACGUCGUCCGCCCCCAAGAGGACCCAAGGCAGCCCAAGGAGAGCAGCCCAAAAUCUUAGGACCCCUGGAAAGGGUCUACCAAGAGAUUGCCAUCCUUAAAAAACUGGACCAUGUCAAUAUUGUUAAGCUGGUGGAGGUUCUGGAUGAUCCUGCAGAGGACAACCUUCACAUGGUGUUUGAGCUGAUGCGCAAGGGUCCAGUGAUGGAGGUGCCAGCAGACAAUCCUUUAUCAGAGGAGCAGGCGAGGUUAUAUUUCAGAGACGUCAUACUGGGCAUCGAGUACUUGCACUACCAGAAGAUCGUCCACCGGGACAUCAAGCCCUCUAACUUGUUACUGGGAGAUGAUGGUCAUGUGAAGAUAGCAGACUUCGGGGUCAGCAACCAGUUUGAGGGCAACGAUGCCUUGUUGUCCGGCACAGCUGGCACUCCUGCAUUUAUGGCCCCAGAGACCCUCUCAGACAAGCGCAAGAGCUUCAGCGGAAAAGCGCUGGAUGUGUGGGCCAUGGGAGUCACUCUCUACUGUUUCGUCUUCGGGAAGUGCCCGUUUAUUGAUGAGUACAUAUUGGCUCUGCACAAUAAGAUAAGGACCAAGCCUGUGGAUUUCCCAGAAAUACCAAAGAUCAGUGAAGAGCUGAGGACUCUGAUCUUGCGGAUGCUGGAUAAGAACCCAGACACCAGGAUCACCCUCCCUGAGAUCAAGAUGGACCAGUGGGUGACCCAGGGAGGCACUGACCCCUUACCUCUGGAGGAAGAGCACUGCUCUGUGGUGGAGGUGACAGAGGAAGACAUCCAGAACUCAGUCAAGUUUGUUCCCAGUCUCUCUGCAGUGAUCUUGGUAAAAGCCAUGCUGAGGAAGCGCUCCUUCAGUAAUCCCUUUGAGUGCCCGAGCAGGAGAGAGGAGAGGUCCAUGUCUGCACCUGGCAGCCUGCUCAUAAAGAGCAGCACAGGAGAUGGACCCAGAGAAGGAGAGCUGGAGGACCUGCAUGAAGAUGAGCCCUCAUCAUGAGUCUUAAUGACUCUCCCAUCAGCAGAGCUUUGUCUUAACCUCCACCACAUCAUCCAUGUUUUUCCUUCAAAUCAGUGACACUGCAGGCUUCUUGUUCCAUACACUGAAGAGACUCACGGUUUUAAAUCUGAUAUAUUGCUCGUGUUCAGACUUUUAUGCUCAGGCUUGCUUUAGUUUUUGCUUCUUGUCGGCCUCAGAGUAACCUUUUUUCUUUUUUUUUUUACCCCAAUUUCCUUGAAAUUACCUUCUUCAAUGUUGAAAUUCUGGGCACCAAGUUUGAUCUACAACAUUGCUUGUUUUAACUGCUCAACCACAUACAGUUGUGACUGGCACCAGUGAACCGACAAGAGGAAGAGGAAGGAAUGGAUCGUUAACAGUUCAAACGAAUGUUGCAGGAAAAAGACAACAACAUGUUUGUCAGCUGGCUUUGCACUGAUGCAAAAAAACUGUUUUUUUUAACCUGUAUAUGCAUGGUGAAUAGUUACGUUACAGUCAUAACCAGCCUGACGAAGAGAAACAAAUCCCUUCUUCAAUAAUCACCACAGACUUCAGCAUGUAAAUGACACUAUAUUGUCUCUUCGGUGAACUACAGGGCUUUUGAUUUCUGACCAAUGAUCGGUCAUUUUAAUAUUGUACAUAGUUGUCUCGAGGUGUUAUCAGUGUUAUCGUCUCACAGUCCUUUUCUUGUGUCUGUGCCAUUUGUACGUUUUUUGGGGGUUUUUUUAGCUUGGUAAUGAAGUCCGUCCUGUGCUGCCUUCACAGUCUUCAGGCCCAACUGGUUGAACUUUCUCUUCUCUUCAGUAAGGAAAGGAAGCCAGCUGUCUGAGGGUGAUCACACACAGAAAGGGCAUCAGUUUUGCUUGAACGCAUUUCAAAGUGACUUUUUUACCCCCCCCACCCUGUGAUGUGUAAUUAUUUCCGUGUUAGAAGUCAGUUCACGCUUCUUCUUCUGCUCUGUUAUGUGUUGUUUGUCUGAUGAUUUCUGUUCUCUAAUGCUUUUCCUUUCCUUUCAUAUCAUACUGUACUGUUUGAUUUGAUGUGAAGUCACUGUGACAGAAAUUGGAGCAUUUCAAAGUGUAUGCUGUUUGAUGGCGAGUGUGAACAGACUGAGAAGAUGACUGUAAAGUACUCCGGCUGCUUAUACUAUACCCCCCUCAUCCCCCUUCCUAGACUAGACUUUAACAUGCAUCAUUCUUGGCUGCAGAGCUGAUUUAAAGGCAUAAAUAAUCUCAUUGUCCACGUUGGACAUCAGUGAGUGCUCUUGCAGAAAAAAUAGUCUACUCAUACAAAGUUAUCCGGGCUAGAUAGUUUGCCUGGCUGACCUUUUGAUGUUUCAACUAGCCGUGCAAGCUCAUAGAGCUUCAUUAUGAUUAUUUUUGUGAUUUUUUUUUAUUCUUGUUUGCCAUUCAUUUUAUUAAAAAACAUCUGUGGUUGUUUUGGGUCUGCCAACUCAAAUCACUGAGAAUAUUUCUGCCUCGGCAGCAGCUCUGCCUCAGAUAAAUGUUUAUGUAACUCUAUUUUGAUUCUUUGUUCCUCUCUGCUGGCCUGACAUGUCAUCCUGCAAGAGACAGCAUGUCGAUGGGCAGAGAUCACUUGAACCGCAGUGAAAGGGAGCGUUUCAAUGUCACGAUUAGGCCCAGGCUGCCAACAACAACACUUCCCAUCCACUUCAUCCACAUUGUGGCUGAUUAGAAACGGGGAAUGCACUGAUUUGCAUUUCCUCUAUUAAUCUAGUCCCCAGUGUUCUCCAUGUGAAGGAUGCUAACUGAAGCAGAGAGGACAGACAGGGAUCCUCAUAAAGACAGGGACUUAGUGCAAAAAGAUCAUGAAUGCUUUUUCAUUUAUUAUCAAGUGGGUACUGGAGAAUGUAAAGCUUUAUAUCUGUUUUUAUUUUAUUUUAUUGUUCAGUAAAAGAUCUAUUUGUAUAGUACACAUAAAUAUCUUAAUGUGUAGUUGUCUGUAAUGUUUCACUAUAUGCAGUUUGAUGAUCCUUUUAUUUUGUUCCUUUUCUCCACUGAGGAUGAUGUAAGUGAAAGUAAUGGGAGUUGGAGUAAUAUGUCUGUUUGCAGGGUAACCUUCAAUGAAGGGCUGUUUGAACCAAAAAGUAUGAAAUGGUCUGUUAUGUUUUAUUUGCUUUAACACUCAUAACACUCUUAUGAGAAUUAUUUUUUUAUCUAGGUGUUGCCAGCUUUACAUUUGUGUGUUUGUACAGAUGUUUGUCAGUGUCAGAGGUGCAAUAUUGUUGUUUUUAUCAUAUGUGCAUUACUGGCUCAUUCCCCUGCUGUAAGAGCUCUCAGGCCGCUCAUCCUUUGACCUGUAUUUUAGUUGUUCUACUUAAACUGAAAAACUGUAUUGCACUUUUCCACUUACUGAUACAUAUUAAACUUAUUUUGAUUGCAUAUAAUACUACUACUGGUACCUUUCAGCUGUACAACAUUGUGCAGUUUAUUAUGAAUCAUUGUGGCUCACCUGUAAAAGACCAUAUUUACUGCGUAACUAUAUGUUUUGAUGCAUUACUCUUGAGCAUCAAUCUGCAUGUCACAGCUUUGCUACUUGGUUUUUAGAGAAUUUUUACUAAUGAAAAUACGUUUCCAUUUUCCAGUAACUUAUUCUCCUGUGUCAAAAUGCUGUAACAGCUGCAGUGGCAAGAUUGGUUUUGAAGUGUGUGGUUUUGUUUUUUUGGGGGUUUUUUUGUUGCGCAUAUCCAUAUCCAUUGUUGUAAAACUGGGGCAGGGCACUUUUGGGUAUUACUGCUGAAAUGAUGCAUGAUGGUGAAACACUGUAAACCCUGAUAUAUCAGCAGGGAUCAGAGCACAGGAGCAGCUUGAUUUGGCAGCUUUGUGUCAUGCAGGUGCUCAGGAUCUUCUUGAGAGUCGCAGUGAUGAGGACGAUCGGAUGCCCUCUGAAACAUUUAACUCUCAACUAUAGGACAGUCUCUUUAUGCCAUUCAAACACCUGUAAUUUAACAGUUUUAUAAUCUUAAUAAUUACAUCUGUCAGGAUGGUUAUGUUUCCUGUCCUGUUUUUUUGUGUGUCUCACAAAAUAUCCACAAUUCACAUUAAAUUAAUUAAUUAAUCAAUUAGACAAUGGGCUAAGGAAGAACAGUUUCAUUUUUGGGGCAGAUGACACCCCUAUGUGGCCAUUCAUGAAGCCCUUUACAGUAUAUUUUAAUUUCUCCUGGAUUCCUUGUUGCCAAUCUUUACUAAAUGUCUGAAUGGCUUUGAAAAAAGGUUAGCAAAACCAAAAGGUGAGUUUUCUUUUUGUUUUGUUUUUUAAGUCACUUUGUGGUCACCUGUAUGACUCUUGAAAUGCAGCACAAUUCAUCUUCAUGGAAAGCCCUAAUGCUUACAGGUUGUCCAAAACUCUGCAUGUCACUAUUUGUUGCAGAACCUGAUCCAGAAGCAGUUGAUGCAGUCCAAUACAUUUGAUACUUUUCUAAUAUAUAUAUAUAAAAAAAAUCAAAUGUACUUGAUUGUGCAGCCUUGGCAGAGAUGUGCUCACUCUUGAGUGCGUACUGGCUUAUUGUUGUUGCUGCUGUGCUUCAAGAAUAAUUAGGGUUCAGUUUCCACGGUCACGGCACAGGAAAUGAGUGACAGGACUAAUUUUUCUUGAUUUCGGGUCAUAAUUAUAUCCAAAAGAAGACUAUGGGAGAGUGUACAUAAUACUACUGUAAGUCAGGGAAGAUGGGGUCGCUGCUAUGUAUCUUACUGUAUGUGACUGUCCUGGUGUCUGUGUUGAAGGUGCCUGCUGUCACUGUGUUUCUGGAUGUCUGUCUCGUGUUGUUUUGUGCAUUUCUCAGAAUGUACUCACUGGCCUGUGUCAAGUUGCUCGUACAAAAACAGAAGCAUGGCACAUCCCUAUGGAAUGCAGUUGUAAAUAUGUACCAAUAUAUAUAAAGAAGCUAUUUUUUGCAUGCUUUUUGUACACAUAGACAUGAUCAAAGACAAUAAAAAAAGAAAAUCUGAA